AAACUGGUGAUCAAAAAUUCUCGAAGAAACCUUGUCUAAGGGAGUUGAGUCAGAAAAUAAAUCAAGAAAAUAAUGAUCUUUGCCUGGCUUCAUCCAAUUCUGAUUUGGAAUAUUUCAACGCUCAGGAGUUAUUAGAUAAAAAGGCUAACCAGAAAAACAAAGUUAAUAUAAAUGAUGCAAUUUGCUCUGAAGUUUUACUGAAUAAAUCAGCAGAGAUAGAACAACCAAAGAUUCAAAGCUCUAUUGCAAAGCAAGCCGAAG